AUGGACACCCGAAUCAAGCUAGGUGUGAUAAUGCUUCUCGGUUUAGGUGUAUUAUUCAUGGCUCACUUUUUGUUCUCAUCAAGAGCUGCGACUGCAUCUGUCGUGAGAACCUACCACGUUCACGUCCUUGGGAAACCAAAUAACGAUCCCACUGCUGCUACUGUGGGUCUCGACUGUUGUUUGUACAUUGAGACCGGUCUUAUCAUCAUCGCGGCCUCAAUUCCCUGCAUACGCUCUCUCUUUCGUAAGCGCAAGGGCGCAAACCGCACAAACUCCUUUGAAUUUAGCACCAACGCAGGGUACUCUAGCCGCGUUCAUUAUCGGAAAGGACAGGAUUUAUUCGAUGAAGAGUUAUGCGCUUGCCAAAACACCACUAGCCAAGACGAUAUCUGCGAGGACUGA